AAGGAACUCGGUGGAUCGAUCAUUGGAGAGUCAGAACAUCAACCAUCAUCAAGUAAAAGAAAAAUUAUAAAAAUCAUAGUAUAUCGAAAAAAAACCUCUCAAAGACAUGGAUCCAGAAAUGGAUAAAAUCAAGAAGGAGAUCAAGGAGAAAUUUUGUGCCGCUCUUUUAACGAACGCAAACGAAAUGAGAAAGAAUCAAGUUCUCUGUGAUGUAGUGCUGAGAGUCCAAGGAAAGGAUUUCUGGGCACAUCGAAGUGUUCUCAGCGCAGGAAGCGACUAUUUUCGUGGUCUUUUCACAAAUCACAUGAAGGAAGAACAGCAAGGGGUUUUGGAAUACAACGAUGUCGAUCCUGASACSAUCGAGACAGUAUUGACAUUUUUAUACACCGGUGAAAUCUCGUUAAAUGAGGAGACCGCAGAGGACAUUGUAGCUGUGGCUGACUACAUGAUUAUCCCGAGCUUGAAGGAAGUCGGAACUAUAUUCCUUCAAAAACAGCUCACAUCAAGGAACUGCUUCCCUUUGUAUCUCUUUAGCCGACGCUAUGGAUGUGAAAAUCUGGAAACACAGGCCAACGAUUUUAUAAACUUUAACUUUGAAAUGCUUUGCUUUACGGAAGGCUUCAAAGACCUCGAUGUGAGUUUUUUGCUGGAAAUGUUUCAGCGCGAUGAAAUUAUCAUUUCGAGAGAAGAGUUGAUCUUUGAAGCGAUUCAAGAAUGGGUUUAUCAUGAUUUAGAUGCACGUCAAGARCAUUUUGAAAAGCUGUUCCGCUGCAUCCGACUUUCAUCAAUUUCAAARUACUAUCUUGCUGACUAYAUAGAGAGUGAGGACCUAGUAAAACAGAGUAAACUUUGCUGUGAYCUUUUAUUCGAUACAUUCAAGGCGCUAGCAUUGCCAGAUCGAUCAUUUACAAGUGUCCUUAACUCUAAUGUCAUGCCAAGGAAGUACUUAGCAAAGGAAGARGUUGGUAUCAUCAUUACUGGAGGAACAUAYCUCACCAGUCAAGCCAACCACACCGAGUGUUUUGUCCCUACAAGAGAGGCMUGGUUAAAAUUGGCCGAUAUGCAUCAYCCUCGUGACGAACACGUGACAGUCAAUUGUGAGAACUUUCUUUAUUCCAUUGGCGGCAAUAAGAAGACCAAUCUUGUWGAGCGCUAUGACCCCCGCAUCGAUUCCUGGACAGAAGUAGCACCAUUACCAAUCAAGUGCGCAGCAGCGGCUGCGGUCACCGUAGAUGGAUGUGUYUAUGUCCUCGGUGGACGCGACGCAUUCCGUCCUUAUAAUACUGUACAGUGUUACAACCCUGUAAACAACACGUGGACAAUCAAGGCAUCGAUGAUAGAGCGUCGUAAAGCACUCUCAGCAGUUGUCYUWGAUGGCUACAUCUAUGCCAUUGGUGGAAUCAAUGAGAARGGUUUGCCACUUAACGGUGUUGAGAGCUACGAUCCUGGUCUAGAUCACUGGCGGCAUGAAACCACGAUGAACACUAGACGAACCUUGGCCUGUGCCACAGUACUUAACAGGAAAAUCUAUGUUAUUGGAGGCUAYGAGAGAGAAUCUAUGACACCACUAUCAAGCUGUGAAGUUUUUGAUCCAGAUCAUGGCAAAUGGAGUAUUUUUCCUGAUCUGCUCAUUCGCAGAGCAGCUGCUGGUAUCGCAAGGUUUCAUGACAUAGGUUUUCCUGACACAUAG